AUGGGCCUCUACUCAGGAAUUUGGAGACUCUCAAAAACGUCUACUCAGUUUAUGAGGAGGUUGCUCUCAGCGCUGUGGGAAGACUUCAACCAGCAAUCGUCAGAAUCCAAUUACUUUCGCCUCUUGGAACUGAACCAGAGGCCCAAUGAAGAUGAAGACCCCAGCAGUCCACAGCCCAUACCUGUCCUAAUAAAAGAGACGGUGUGUUCCAAGACAGAGCAACAGCCACUGCAGCUGUGUGACUUCAAAGAGAAAGGGUCGGUGAGACAGUGUGUGGGAACAGUCACCCUGGACUCUGUCAGGGGUUCCUUCGACAUCAACUGUGAGAAGAUGCAAGGAGUCGGCCUGUUCAAACGACUGAAAAAAUUAAUCAAGAAAGGUGGACAGAAGAUCCGCAAACUUGGUAGAAAAAUCAAGGAUUUCAUUCGAAAUCUUCAGCCCAGAGUGGAGCCAGAGGAAGAAGAAACCUAG